CCUGAGGCUGGAGCCAUGGCGCCCUCUGUUGGUGACUUACAGCUCGUGCCCAGCGCAGCAAAGGAAGCCUCCACGCAGGACGCCGUGUGCUCCCGAGCGGCCCUCUCUGCUCUGGUGGCUGCUGCCAUGGUCAUCACCACCCUCGGGCUCCUUGUGGCCUCCUUGUCUGCCCGGGGCGUGGACGUGGAGCACACGGCUGAGCUACAGGGGAUCCGCUACGCCCACAGCUUGCAGCAGGAGGCCUCGGAGUAUCACCGCACGCUGACGCCUGCCCUGGAAAUGCUGUUUUUAAGCAGCUUUUGGAAGACAGAGUUGGAGGCCAGCUGCGUGAGCUGCACGGUGCUAAGCUACAGGGCCGGGAACGCCAGUGUCCUGGUGCACUUCCGGCUGCACUUUGUGUUUCCCGAGCCCUGGGGCCCGAGGCUGGGCCUGGAGGAGGAGGAGAGGCUGUUGCAGGAGGGGCUCCGCGCUCGGCUGCAGGGGCGCGGCCUGGCUCUGGCCGCCUACGGCACCAUCCUGUCUGCGGAGCUCCAAGGCAGCCGGCAGGGGCAGUGGACAGAGAGAGACUCAAAAUCAGGUCACUGUCCGGAGAACGCCUUCUUCUGCCAAGACAGCCAGUGUGUGACCAAGGUGAACCCGGAGUGUGACGACAGAGUGGACUGCGCUGACGGCUCUGAUGAGGCCCACUGUGACUGUGGCCUGCAGCCUGGCUGGAGGACAGCCAGCAGGAUCGUGGGCGGCGUGGAGGCGUCUCCGGGGGAGUUCCCUUGGCAAGUCAGCCUCCGGGAGAACGAUGAGCACUUCUGUGGGGCCGCCAUCGUGGGCAAGAGGUGGCUGGUCUCUGCCGCCCACUGCUUCAAUGAGUUCCCAGCCCCCGCCGAGUGGGUGGCCUACGCGGGCACCACGCGCCUGAGCGGCGGCGAGGCGGGCACCGUGCGGGCGCGCGUGGCGCGCAUCAUCCCGCACCCCGCCUACAACGCGGACACCGCGGACUUCGACGUGGCGCUGCUGCAGCUGCGCACCCCGCUGCCCUUCGGCCGGCGCGUGCAGCCCGUGUGCCUGCCCGCCGCCUCGCACGUCUUCCCCGCCGGGCGCAAGUGCCUCAUCUCGGGCUGGGGCUACCUCAAGGAGGACUUCCUGGUCAAGCCGGAGAUGCUGCAGAAAGCCACCGUGGAGCUGCUGGACCAGGCCCUGUGCGCCAGCCUAUAUGGCCACUCGCUCACGGACAGGAUGGUGUGUGCCGGCUACCUGCACGGGAAGGUGGAUUCCUGCCAGGGUGACUCUGGAGGCCCCCUGGUCUGUGAGGAGCCCUCCGGAAGGUUCUUCUUGGCUGGCAUUGUGAGCUGGGGAAUUGGUUGUGCAGAAGCCUGGCGUCCGGGGGUCUAUGCCCGAGUGACCAGGCUACGUGACUGGAUCCUGGAGGCAAUCACCAUGGCAAGCAAGCCUCUGGCUCCCACUGUGGCUCCUGCCCCCACCACUUCAAGCAAUACUUGGCCCACCAGCCGUGAAAGCGGGGUGGUCGACACCCCCACCAAACCCACACUGGCCCCCAGCACUGCACCUCUUGACUCAGUUACCACUUCUAAGCCACAAGAAUGCGGGGCCAGACCGGCCAUGGAGAAGCCCCCCAGGAUUGUAGGAGGGCUUGGAGCCGCCUCUGGGGAUGUGCCCUGGCAGGUCAGCCUGAAGGAAGGUUCCCGACACUUCUGUGGAGCCACCGUGGUGGGCGACCGCUGGCUGCUGUCUGCAGCACACUGCUUCAACCACACAAAGGUGGAGCAGGUGCGGGCCCACCUGGGCACAGCAUCCCUCUCGGGCAUCGGGGGGAGUCCGGUGAAGAUGGGGAUCAAGAGAGUGCUGCUGCACCCCCAGUACAACCCAGCCAUUCUGGACUUUGACGUGGCCGUGCUGGAGCUGGCGGGGCCCCUGGUCUUCAACAAGCACGUCCAGCCAGUCUGCCUCCCCCUGGCCAUCCAGAAGUUCCCCGUGGGCCGGAAGUGCAUGAUCUCGGGAUGGGGUAACACGCAGGAGGGAAACGCCACCAAGCCUGACGUUCUGCAGAGAGCGUCCGUGGGCAUCAUCGACCAGAAGGCCUGCAGCUCCCUGUACAACUUCUCCCUCACUGACAGGAUGCUGUGUGCCGGCUUCCUGGAGGGCAGAGUGGACUCCUGCCAGGGUGACUCGGGGGGGCCCCUGGCCUGCGAGGAGACGCCCGGCGUGUUUUACCUGGCGGGGAUCGUGAGCUGGGGCGUCGGCUGUGCUCAGGCCAGAAAACCCGGCGUGUACGCCAGGAUCACCAGGAUGAAGGGCUGGAUCCUGGACGCCAUGUCGCCCCGGCCCCUGCCCACACCGCCCCCCUCCCCCACGAGCCUGCCCACCGCCGCCAGCCGUAGCCCCCGGACCCCGGCGGGGCUCACCACCCGCAGACCCGCCCCGCGGCUCACCAGCACGGCCACCAGCCGGCCUGCCAACGGGACAGCCACGGCCUCGAGCACCGCCACCCGGCGACAGACGCCACUGCCCCACGCCCCAGAGACCCCCGCGGGCGCCCGGCUGCCAGACUGCGGCCUGGCACCAGCUGCGGCAGGGCUGACCAGGAUCGUGGGCGGCAGUGCUGCGGGCCAAGGGGAGUGGCCGUGGCAGGUGAGCCUGUGGCUGCGACGCCGGGAGCAUCGCUGCGGGGCCGUGCUGGUGGCCGAGAGGUGGCUGCUGUCUGCGGCGCACUGCUUCGACGUCUAUGGGGACCCCAAGCAGUGGGUGGCUUUCCUGGGCACGCCGUUCCUAAGCGGCACAGACGGGCAGCUGGAGCGCGUGGCGGGCAUCUACAAGCACCCCUUCUACAACCUCUACACGCUGGACUACGAUGUGGCGCUGCUAGAGCUGGCAGGGCCGGUGCGCCGCAGCAGCCUGGUGCGGCCCAUCUGCCUGCCAGAACCGGUACCUCGGCCCCCCGAUGGCACACGCUGCGUCAUCACAGGCUGGGGCUCAGUGAGAGAGGGAGGCUCAAUGGCGCGGCAGCUGCAGAAGGCCGCCGUGCGCCUCCUCAGCGAGCAGACCUGCCGUCGCUUCUACCCGGUGCAGAUCAGCAGCCGCAUGCUGUGUGCAGGCUUCCCGCUCGGCGGCGUGGACAGCUGCUCGGGUGAUGCCGGGGGGCCCCUGGCCUGUAGGGAGCCUUCUGGCCGGUGGGUGCUAACCGGGGUCACCAGCUGGGGUUAUGGCUGCGGCCGGCCUCAUUUCCCUGGUGUCUAUACCCGGGUGGCUGCUGUGCGGGGCUGGAUUGGGCAGAACAUCCAGGAAUGACCACCACGUGGCCGCCCAGACUCAGGACCAGAGAUGCAAAGGCAGCAGGAGCCGCGGCCAGUCCCAGAGGGGGAGUUCAGGUGGCGGGUGGGACAUGGGGCUGCAAAUGGUUUACUGAAUAUUUUGUUGCAAUAAACACAGCCCCUGGUUCCUCACACGCUGGCU